UCAUUAAGCCAACGUUUGAAUUCGAAUUCACUUUCUAGUAAUGCUGGUUUUGUUAAAGAUCUUGAGUUAAUCAAACGUCGAAAGUGUGAUUCAACAAUUGCCAAUGUUUUCGAUAAACGAAUGGAUGCU